GCGAAGGACAGACCUUGUAAUCUGAAGCAGCCGCAUCCGCCACACACCACUUACUCACAUACCCCUUGUUGCACUUUGUGCUCGCCGGUUGACUGCUCGCUGUUUGUCGAAACGCGUUGACCAUGGCAAAUCGGAAGCUGUUAGGCGAGAUCGACAAGGUCCUGAAACGGGUCGCCGAGGGAGUGGAGAUUUUUCGAGAAAUCUUUGACAAGCUCGAUGCUGCAACAACUUCGGCACAGAAGGAAAAGUAUGAAGGAGAUCUCAAGAAGGAAAUCAAAAAGCUGCAAAGGUUAAGAGAUCAAAUACGAACAUGGCUGUCCUCGAGCGAAAUCAAAGAUAAACGGAGCUUGGAGGACAAUCGGCGGCUAAUAGAGGAGCAAAUGGAACGAUUUAAAGCCGCCGAGAAAGCCCUCAAACUCAAAGCGUUCUCGAAAGAGGGAUUGCUCCAACCGCAGAAGUACGAUCCGGAAGUGAAAGAACGGGAAGACUUGGAGGACUGGAUAUCAGAUACGGUGAAAGAAUUGAACCGUCAAGUCGAGAUAUUUGAAGCGGAGCAGGAGAGCUUGCAAGUCCUUGUGCGAAAGGGUCGGAAAGGCGGGGAUCAGUCGAAAGCAGAGCGCUUGGCGGCCAUCGAUCAUCACCUGGAACGACACAAAUUUCACAUGACACAGCUGGAAAUCAUCCAGCGCAUGGUCGCAAAUGAAGAGCUCAAAGUGCAGCAGGUCAAAGACAUCAAAGAUGACGUCGAUUACUAUGUGAAAAAUAAUCAAGAUUCCGAUUUUGAUGAGAACGAGUAUAUCUAUGAGGAUCUGGAUCUGGAGAACCUCGAAGCCUAUGGCUUGAAGGCGGAUGGCGAGCAGGAUCUCGAUGGAGAACCAGAAACGCCGCCAAAGGAGAAGGAGAAUGAACUGGGAACGCCGGUACGGGAUACAAAGGUUGUGGAGGAGCCAACGAAGAAAAAGGCGAAAGAGAAAGAACCUGAGGAGAUUGUCACGCCGACAAAGUCCACUCCCAGCAAGCCCCUGUCUCGUGCCCACUCCGCCUCCAAACCGCCAAUAGCGGUGAAAACUCCAAUCAAAGUCGUUGCGGUGCCGGCCCGGAAUAUCGUUCCUACGGCCCGUGUCCCGGAUCCAGUACCAGUGCCAAGUAUCACGCAAAGAUACUCAGCAGCCGCUGCAGCAUCCGCACCAACAACUACGGAGCCGUCACGGACUGCAACAAUAUCGGCGGCAGACAAAAGGAAUGUACCAAAAGAACCUGCACCCGUCGCAUUGUCAUCCCAAGUGCCGUUACCAGCGGUUGGCACGGCUGCACACAUCCUACAACUUCAGCAACAAACAGCGGCAGAUAUUCCCGCGUCUUCAUUACUGCCAUCGACAACAACAACGAAAAGUGGGCUUCCAGAUCCCGGAAAGGACGAUGCGGUCACAGAGCCGAUUGACAACCGCCUACCGCCAACGCUUGCAGACCUGGUACAAUCGUUCGAGGCGACGAGAGAUCGAUCAACGAAAGCGCGUGACGACGCUAGCUUUCUUCAUGAGAUGCUUCAAACUAGCUUUCAACACCUGCCAGAACCCGUCGACUCGGAGAAACCAAAGCACUACAUUCCCAAGAAGCCCUACCCAGUACCAGCAUAUUACCCGCAGCUCCCCCUUUCUCUGUUCGACAACCCUACAGUGUAUGAAAAAUUUGACACCGACGUACUGUUCUUCAUCUUUUACUACCAGCAAGGAACAUAUCAACAAUUUCUGGCCGCACGGGAACUUAAGCGUCAAUCAUGGCGCUUUCAUAAGAAGUACCUGACAUGGUUCCAACGACACGAGGAGCCAAAGCAAAUUACGGAUGAGUUUGAGAUGGGGACGUAUAUAUACUUCGAUUAUGAGGGAGCAUGGUGCCAAAGAAAGAAGGCAGAUUUCAGGUUCGAAUAUCGAUAUUUGGAAGACGCGGAGAUGUAGAUGGCGAGCACUCGAUAUCUAAGCCGUUUAUUAUCAACUGAUGCGAGUGGGGAAAAUGCAUACUGUACAUAGUAGAUGAAUUGUCGUUACAAA